AUGUGGCGCCUACGCUUUCUGGAGAGGCUUUUCCCACGCCUGGGCAACCCGGCUUUGAAGUUACUCUUAUACGAGGUGGAACAAAUCCAUAAAUAUGUGGCUGCUCCCAUCACCACAAAGUUGGUCCGAGCUUCACAACCAAGGCCCAACAGGCCUACAACACCAUCAUUCACCCCAGUGCCUAUCAAAAUUGAAGAAGAUGAUGAAGCCGCCUGCAUCUCAAUCACCAAGAUUCCCGAGAGGCCCCCGGUGCCGACUAUUGUCUUAACCACACCUGGAGGGCAUCUUAUUUCAGGAGACAAUCUGCCGGAGUGGAAGAGGAUCGAGCUCCCAAUUUCAUACCGGCUCAACAAAUACCAGCAGAACAACAAUGAGUGGCUAAGCCCAGCCCUCUGCCGAAGACUGCGUAGGAAAUCACGGCGACGACAGAUGCGCAGCGCAAACCAAGACGUCUCCUACCCUCAAAAGGCUUUCUAA